CCCGUGGUUCUGCUCCUAGGGGGACAUGCUCUUCAGUAGCUGGAUGGCCAUCUUUUCUGGAAACGGCGCCGUGUUCGAGCCCCAGGUCCCCAUCUAUUCCUUUGAUGGACGGAAUGUGAUGACAGACCCGUCUUGGCCUCAGAAGCUGCUGUGGCACGGCUCCAGCGAGGGGGGCAUCCGCACGACGUCCAGCUACUGCGAGGCGUGGCGGGCGGGGGACACGGCCGUGACGGGGCAGGCCUCCCCGCUGCUCAGCGGCCGGCUCCUGGGCCAGAACACGCGCAGCUGCUCCAACCGCUUCAUCGUGCUGUGCGUGGAGAACAGCUUCAUGCCCCCCCCGGGCAGGAACUGAGCAUAGGUCCCUAAACCCCAGCUCCAUCACAGAACCAACCCCCCCCUGCAAAAUCAGGCACUGUUUCUUCCCCCCUUUUUUAUUCUGUUUCCAUGUGUCACUUUUUCAAAGAUGUAAAUAUAUGUAAAUCGAUCCCUGA